AUGCCUAUGACUGAUCCGGAAGCGUCAAUCACCCAAUACUCGAACAUGCAGAAUAACCUCACACUGGCAGCAUCCGCUUCGGCAGCGGCACGAUCAGCCUACGGAAGUUUAGCGCAGCCAAUGGUUCGUCGUGCACCUGGCAAUGAAAAUUAUCCAGAGUAUCCGCGGCCAUUGGACAGAAAUGGAUAUAACGGUCUAUCUGGAUUGUUGAGAAGUUAUCCACAAACUACGAAACAGUCUUCGUAUUCUGCUGGAGGCUCUCCACCAGCGGUUUCUCCAUCGUUUUUCGGUUCAUCGUCCUCCAGUACGACAUCGAAUGCUUUCCAACCGUGGUCUAAUAACCUUUACACGGGACUCGGAUUGAAUGAAACUUCUGAUCUGUUCUCUAAUCGCUCAUCCGUUUUGUCAGGAGCUUCACUUUGGUCUUCUGGCUUUGGCUCGAUGUCUUGUGGUCAACAAAUUCCCUCCAACCAGCGUGAUGAGGAUCUGUUCUCUAAUCGCUCAUCCGUUUUGUCAGGAGCUUCACUUUGGUCUUCUGGCUUUGGCUCGAUGUCUUGUGGUCAACAAAUUCCCUCCAACCAGCGUGAUGAGGGUCUUGGCGACUCGCCUCCUAACAACAUUUCCUCAACCGCUUACAACUUGAUGUCAUCAAUUUGGGCAGACAUUGACGCACCUCGUGAACCAGAAGCGAAAGGUGUGGCGAUGCUCACCGGUGUUAUACCGAUUCAACGUCGACGUCAUCGCACUUACUUAUGUCAUCUUCGUCUUCUCCCCUUUACUUACUACUAUUUACUAUAUCCAUCCAUCUAA